AUGGGGUCCUCCUCCGAGUCAAUAUUUUCGAUCACAGGGGUCUUCUUUUUGCGCAAGCUUUUGGAAGCUAAUCUGGAGGAUCUCCUUUUAACCUUAGAAUCAAGGGAAAGAUUGUCAUUCUCAACAUCCUCAGAGGACAAAUUGUCAUCAAAGACAAUAUGUUUGCGUUUAGCGGGGGUUUUGCCUUUUCCCUUGGACAGGGAGCGGGAAGCAUUGGGAGAGGCGAACAGAGUCAAACUAGGGGAGACCACAGAUAAGGAAACAAUAGAGAUGUGGUUUCAUGGAAAUCGAUCAUUGCUAGAUAUGCGCAAAAUGGGCUUGUUCAAGAAGGCCUUGGAAUUAUUUAAGCAAAUGCAAUUGAUAGGUAUAAAGCUUAUAAUAGCAACUUUUGCAAGCAUACUCCCAGCAUGCGCCAAAAUGGGAUCUCUGAAACAAGAAAAUGGUCCUCUUGAUGAAGCUUCAAGGAUUUUCAAAGAAAUACCCCAACGAGAUGUGACAUCAUGGAAUGCAAUAAGUACAGGAUAUGUGCAAAAUAGUCUUGUUGAUAAACCCUUAGAGAUUAUUAAGGGAAUGCAGUUUGAAGGUAUAAAGCCAAACUCAGGCACCAUUACCAACAUCCCCACAACUUGUGGCAGGAUGGGAGCCUUGGAACAGUCUGUAGAGAUCCAUCAAAUACUAAUUCAAAGUGGAUUUUUGUCUAAUGUUGUGAUUGUGACAACCCUAAUAGAUGUGUAUGCAAAAUGUGGAAGAAUAAAAUAG